CCUCUUUCUCAUUUAAAUAUAUAUAUAAUGCGACCACAAAAAUUUCGGUUGCCAUGCAGCGCAGAGAGUUUUGUGCACACAGACAAAAAAGUAGUGAUCGUAUCUGUAUUUGGGAAAUCACAGUAUCGUGCAAAAGGAUGCAAAACCAAUAUGCUCAGUUCCAUCCUGCAAGUGGGCCUCCUGGAUGAACCAGAAGUGGACAAAGAAUCAUUUUGUGAGAUCGAAGGAUACUAUGAUUCAAAAGAUAGGACUAUAUAUUUACAUUUAAGAGGACUCCUAGAUACACAUACCCUAAUGGCAGAAUAUGACAAGUUCUUAGAAAACCAGGACUGCAAAGAUUUUCUCAGUGUGUGGGCUCAUAUGAGAGAUAAAUAUGCUAGAGCCCUACUUGUUCUGUUUCACAUAUCACAUGUGAUUGUCCUCACUCAUUCAACUCACACAUUUGACUACAGUUAUGUACACUUAUUCAGAGCCAUGGACAUUGUCAGGCAGAAAAUUUCACCACAACUGUCAGAUGUUCUGAGUUGCAUUUACAGUUUGCCCAAAGACUGGGUGUCCAAUGUCAGACCCUGCUCUCCAAGAGUUUUAUUUUAUUUUGAAACUUGUCCUGCAGUAUUUCAAGACCCCGCUAGUGGAGCUAACAUCAAGAAGCUGGAGCAUUCUUUGGAAGAUCAGAUUUAUCAAGUUUUAAGAAAGAACCGUAUAGUGACUAACAUUAGUUCCAAUUCCUUAUUUGCAAUUCCUGCAAACCAAGAGUUUGUCUAUGUACAUACUGGUACAACUGAAUCUAGAGAUAUUUUGGGUUACAUGGCUAGGAAACUUAUACAAAGUUGCAAAGUUAGUUCUGGAGGUAGUACCUCCAGAAGUUUGGCCAGCCAAGACUCCAAUAUUCAAAUAGAUGAUUCAGAAACAGAGACUCGUUCCUUCAGAUUAUUCCUACAACAGCAUAUAAACCUAGCUUUUGCAAGGGGCUUUGAUGAUAAUGUUGGAAGGCAUACUGUGCCUGCCUAUUUCGAGAUACCCAGUAUUGCAAUAUUUUGUGAUGUAGCAAAUAAAGUAUAUGACUACUUCAUACAUGGAACAGAUAAGGAACUGUUAACCUUGCACAGCUUACUGGACACAGAUGUGAAGUUCAGCAAAAGUAGAUGUAGUAAAGUGCUCCCAAGAGCCCUUCAGACCUAUCAGGAGAAUCUUCCUCAACACUAUACAAGAGCUUAUCACGAGACAAAAUUGGCUCACGCUAUGGCAGUUUUUGAGAUGCACGCAAGGGGUCCUCUGUUUGAGGAGUUCAGUGAGAAGUUACAAGCUGAAUGUGAGAAGCACUGGCGGUCUGGGAGGCAAAUGUGCGAAGUACUGUCUCUGACAGGCAAUCCCUGCACAAACCCCAUACACAGAGGCGGAAGUGAGGGUGCUGGCGGUGGGGAACAGGCGGAGCAAAGGGACGGGGAUAAUGAUUUGCCAAUUAGAGAGCACUGCAGUGGAGUUCGAUAUAUUUGUGCCUGUAAUUGUGGUCGUUGUCAAGGUUCCAGGGAGGACCCCUUUAGUUUAAGGCAGGCCAACUACGACUAUUUUCAAAUGCUGGCCAAACAAUGUGGCUGUGCUCAGUUGGAGAGCACACAGUUUCCUGUUUUCCAGCCAAGUACUCAUAACUAUAGACCAGCACAGCUGUUUUCUACUAAGCGAAAGGAUUCAUUCAGUCAUGGAGAGUCUCCUACACCUCAGGGAAACACACAAGCUUGCAGCCUUGGAGUUAACACUCUAAAUGAUGAUAUUCGCACACCAUAUGGAAGUGGUGGUCAAUCAGAACAAACUAGCGAGACUAAUGAAGAUGCUCCUAAGCUGAGCAGUAAAACUAGCCUAACACCAAGUGAUGCGCACAAGGUUGUCAUAGAAGUGUCUGAUAGUGAUGCAGAAAAUUCGAAGGAGAAGUCCUUAGUUAGGCAGCCAUCAACAACAGAAUAUCUACCAGGAAUGUUGCACACAGAGUCACCAGCUGGCUUGUUACCACAAUUUUCCAGCUGGUCUCUAGUUUGCCUUGGACCAAGUAGCCUAUACUCUCACAACUUAGGAUUACAACAUCAAGCUGGCGUUUUACCUACUUCUGCUUUUCUUUUACCAUGGGAUGUAACUGUAAGAUUAGAACAUCAGAAAGAGAGAGGUUCCCUGUGGCCCACUAUAGGUGAUCAUGGUUACUGUCCAAGAGGAAAAAAUUUCCAGAACAUGAACACAAUACGCGGUAGGAAAUCCAAGGGUGGUAAAGAAUUUGUGGUGAAAAUAUUUGUUGGAGUGGAAUACGAGUGUCCAAGAGGACACAGAUUUAUGGCAUCAGCACCGGACAAGGUUCUGAAGGCCACAGGAAAUGGGAUUGUGAAGGACAGUGGAAAUAAAGUUACAUCCAGCACUGCAGAUAUGCCUCUUUACUUCCCCUGUCCUUGCAGGCAAACGAAGCCACUCAUAGCACAACUAAUGAGAAUUCACGUGGUAACACCAAAGGCACCUGUUCAUGUUACAUUAAACCCUAGAGUACAACCUGGACCUGCACCUUGCCCAAUUUUUGUUACUGGUUGUGAUGAACCGAUUAAAUUAUCGCAAAGUGCUUACUGGGUUUUGAGACUACCAUAUGUGUACAUGGAUGAAAAAGGACCAUAUUUGGCGCCAAAAGAACCAGUACUUACGUCACACGGAAGAUUAUUGGCAGGAAUGUACGGAAUCAGCGAAGUACUUCCAGAAAAGAAAUAG